CUGUAUGAGCACGACGAGCUCAUAAGAAGAUAUUUUCCCUCCUGAAAUUUCAAUUUUGCGCAACUGAUAACAACAAAAUGGGGCAUCAUCAACGCCAACAACAACAGAAUCAUCCAUCAAUGGAUGGUUUAGUUAAUCUGCUCAGCAAAUCUAAUAAUGAUCUUACUACUGUUUAUAACAAGCUGGAGAGGGAAUUCCAACAAACUUACCCUGACAAUGCAAAUCCACUGAAGUUAGUUACCCGGAUCAAGAAAAUCCAGGAAGAUCUUUCAUCUUUGAAAGACCAGUGCAGAGAACUCUUAUCUGCCAAGCAGGAUUUGAUAGACAAGGCCAGGAUGAGUCUGGUCAGUAAUAGGAGUCUAGUUCAACGGAUGCAAGCAUCAUCUGGGAUUCCUCCUACUAAUGAUUCGGAUGAUCCGGCAUACACUAAUUUAAACCAGAUCAUUGCCGAGUGGACAGCUCAACUAAGUUCAGAGACAGGGGAUGAUAUGCUUGAGUCUGACUCGGAUGAUAUCAAUAAGUUGCUUUUUUCAGCAUUAGUUCACCCAAAUUGAAAAAGAGGGAACAUUGAAGAUAACCGAAAAAGUAGCCUCUUCAGAGCCUUCUCAGCUACUUUAUGUUACUGUGUGUAAGGUACAUAUAUAGACCCCCCUUUCCUUUCUGGAGGUGCCAUUAAUUAAACAUUUUCGUGAUGCUGGAAUAUGGAUUUUCUCAUGUAUAUUGGUCAUACAAGCUUGUUAGAAAAGCACAACGAUUUGCAGAUUGCGCUUACUUAUUUUGAAGAUUACAUGUCUUUCGCAGAAUCUUGAAUUUACCUAUUUCCGUUUCAAAUUCUUUGUUUGUGCCCUUGAUUCUUUUUAUACUUGAUACCAAUAGAACUCCGAGUUUAGGUAUCAAAAUAUUAAGAACUCACUUUCAAACCACUAUUUCUCAUUAUAGAAGAUUGAACGUCUUCUGAUAUAUAGAUCCCUCGAACAAAUGUUGCUUUAAUUUAUAGAAUAAU